AGUGCUUGUGACAACACUAUGGGAAAAUCAGUCAAUUCAAUUAUCGUCUACACAUCAACCAAUUAAGAAUAAAAUGAAAGAACUUGCUGAACAAAUGCAUUUGAAAUGCUCAACAUCUUCAGAUUUCUACUAUUAUCUUUCCUAGGAACAGGUGUAUCAUCAAUACGGAUUGGAUUAAUAACGAGUCACCAUUUGGAGCAUUCUGUACGAACCGCCGUGAAUAUUAUAGUACCAAGAAUCAAUGAACAAAUUGUGAAAACGCGAGGAGCUUGCUUUAUCACUCACACAUCCUUUAUUGCACUGAAAAAUUCGCACGAAGAUUUGAACACAAAAAUAUGCGAUCUCGCAAACUCAGAAGUCAGUGUUAUUAUUGGUGUUGUCGACAGAGAGAGUGGAUCCAUUAUUGAAGAGCAAUGUGCAGAGUUGAAUAUACUAUUUAUCCACUAUUACUGGACACCCGGAUAUCAAAAAAAACAACAAACAUCACUAAAUUUGUAUCCAUCGAUGGAAUAUUCUCAACUAAUGGAAAGACUUAUAAAUCUGUGGCGCUGGGAUAAUUUCGUGUACAUUUAUUCAAAUUAUGACGCUCCGAAGCAACUUAUCGAGACACUUUCUCGACUAGAAAAGAGCCCUGCUCUGCUACGUGCUCACACUUUGGAUGACAGUAUGAUGGCAACAGCCUUGGCAUUACGAGAUACUUGUGACAGAAAUCGAUGCUGGCCGAAGAAGAAUCGUGUGCUAAUCGAAUUGAGCCCAAACGAAACACUUACAUUUUUCGAUGCUUCUCUGAAAUUAGGAAUGAUAAGUGUCCACAACUGGUUUUUGAUAACAGCGCUCGACGAUCUUAACGAUCACCUCUCGCAAUACACUCAUAAUGGAAUGAGAGUGUCACUACUGACAGUGUCUAAGGAGAAAUGGAAUCAAAAUGAUCUAGCCAUCAAGCUUCCGGAUAUGUAUCAAGAAUAUUUGGCCAAGAUUCCAUCUAAUCCGAGAACACCAUUUAAAGACUUCGCGUUCAUAUUCGAUUCAAUCCUUCUUGCUUGCCAAGCAGGAGAUAGGCGAAUUAUAUCUUGUGGAGAUAAUGAAGCAGUGAAGAAAUUCAAACUUCCAAUAGUCAAGCCAUUCAAAGGUCUCACUGGAAAAAUUUCGUUUAACGGGACAAGCGACCGAAGCGACAGCGAGCUUCACAUAUGGGAAAUGGGCAUUACUGGCGCAGGCCUCCACACAGGUAUCUGGAAAUCAACAUGGGAAGGAUCAAAGGAGUUGACUAUGCUAGCCAAAAACAUUCCGGGUACUCACGAGCACUACCAGGCUUCAGUUAGGGAGUCAAGAACUUUGAAAGUGACAUCGAUUCAUGAAAAACCUUACGUGAUUGAGAAAAUCAUGCCGGAUGGUCGUAUCAAACAUGAAGGAUUUUGUGUGGACUUGCUGGAUAAACUUGCCGAGAUGUUACAUUUCAACUAUACAUUGAAAAUUGUGAAAGAUAAUAAGUAUGGAGAACGAAAGAAUGGAACGGAUGAAUGGGAUGGAAUGAUCGGGGAAAUUUUACGUGGGGAUGCUGACAUGGCUGUUGCACCAAUUACAGUCACGGCAACGCGGCUUGAAGUUAUUGAUUUCACGGAUCCAUUUCUUCAAUUGGGUAUUUCAAUGUUAAUGCGACAGCCAAAUCCGAAAUCAUCAUCGUCAUUGACCCGGUUUUUGUGGCCACUUUCUGCAAGUGUUUGGACAUUUUCUGCGAUUGCCACCGUAAUAACUGCACUUCUGGUUACUGUCGCCGCUGUUUUAUCACCAAAAGAGUCUACAGCCGAAUUCAAAAUUCAAAACUCAGUGUGGUAUCUGGUGUGCAUUCUUCUUCGUGCAGGAUCUGGAUAUAACUGUCAGGCCGGGGCAACAAGACUUAUAUCUGCAGUUUGGUGGUCGUUCACUCUUGUUCUAAUUGCUCAAUAUACUGCAAACUUUGCAGCACUUCUCACCGUUGACAGAAAAUCUAUGCCGUUUAAUAGUUUUGAAGAGCUUGGAAAUCAAACUGAGUACAACUUUGGAUCAAUUCUCGGUGGAUCGACAAUGCAAUUCUUCAAAUACUCCAGAAUUGAGACUUUUCGUCGUUUGUGGGAGCGUAUGCAAAGUGCCGAACCUUCAGCGUUUGUAGGCACCAAUCACGAAGGAGUUAACCGGGUGUUAAAUGAGAAAUAUGUCUUCCUAAUGGAAUCUGCCACACUAGACUAUCAAGUGACUCAAAACUGCAAUCUUACUCGUGUUGGCAACGUUGUUCUUGGAUCCAAUGGAUAUAGUAUUGCACUUCCAAAGGGAUCAAAGUGGAGGGAAAAGCUUACAAGACAAAUCCUCGAUCUGAAUGAAAAAGGCAUAAUUCUAAUGUUGAAGAAUAAUUGGUGGAAAAAAUCCCAACAAGAAUGUCAGUCAAGUGAGCCCGAAGAUUUACAAACUGCUCUGGGCGCUGAAAAUGUGUACGGUUUGUUUCUUCUCCUCGCUCUUGGAAGUGGAAUUGGAGUUCUUUGUGCGGUGCUGGAACAUACACAUUUCAUAUUCUUCGAGAAAAAUAAACGAAAUGGUCAAACUCCCAAAUUGCAACAAAUGAUUGAAACGAUUCAUGCUGAAAUUCGCAAUUCGCCUAAAUUUUAACUUUUUUGUGUUCAUAUUCAAGAAAUAAAUUAUACUGUAUCUUCAUUCUGUUUCGCAAUAACUUCUACUCGUAUGAUUUCGAAAUGUUUUUGUGUACCUGCCUGCGUCUCCCCUUUGCACGUGUUCUCUCCCACUAUCCGACGUUUCAUAGCAGGAUGGCCUUGGUUGUGGUUUGUUUUAAUAAGUCUCCGAGAUAAAAAUAAACCAAUU